GCUUGAGAGUGAGGAGGCAGCAGCUAAUCCUCCUAACGAUGCUUUUCCUCCUGCAGCAUUUCUUCCUGCUGGCCACAGACUUAAUGCUCGCCAUGACCCUUUCCUGCCUCUUGUAUGCCUUCGUGUGCGUUUCCAUCGCGUUUCUGACCUGCUGCGUUAUCAUCUUCUCCUUUGGCACCACGGAGAGGAAUAUUGAUAUGAAGGGGAGAGCAAUCGUAAUUCUUGUGUCCAACAGUUCCAUUGGGAGGAUGUUUACAAGGAACCUGGAUAAAGCAGGUUUUGGGGUGUCUGCUGCACAAUGGUCUGCUCAAGAGGAGAGGACAGUGACAGAAGAGUGCUCAUCGAACAAGGAGGUAGCCCAACUCCACCUGACUGAAGAUGAGUAUCAGAAGACAGUGAAAACCUUCAUAGAAAGCCAUUUAUCCCUGAAAGGCAUGUAUGGGAAGAUGAGGAAGCCAUCGAUCCUGAUAUGGGAUGAAGGGGCACCAGACACAUGUGGGUUACCUGAGAGAAAAGCCUCCUGUGAGGGGAAGAAGGUUUUCAAGGCUCCACGAAGGAACUGCUUACUGCAGACAGCUCUCUGCAUCUCUAUCCUCUUUCACCCACUGACCUGUGUCCUGAAUCUCCUGAAGAGAAGUCCAAAGCUGCUUGUGCCUCUGCUGAAGUCCAAAAACUGACAGGCGGGAAGGAAACCCACGGAGCACUACACAUUAGCACUGUCACACCACAACAAAAAAACAGGAGCAUAGCUGGGAUCAGAAGUGACAAAGCCCUGGCAGCAGGGGAUUAUGAGCAGUGACUUCAAUUGCAAGACAGCAAAAAACUGUGGAUGAAAACAGAAAACAUCUUCAGAAGCAUGACACAGGUCUGCAACUCUCUUGCAAGUCUAAUCUGUAAGGAAGAGAACACCAAGACGCUGAAAUUUUGGGUUGUUCAUUACAAUGCUGUACUGUGCACACUGGGAUAUGCACAGAGGAAAAAAACAUCUGAGGUGAAAAAAAUAAAGGAAGAACUUUGCUGGGAAGCAAAACGCCAAGGCUUGGUUUUCAUUAUCUAAAGCCACAACUCAGAACUGCCUGACUGAUGAUAAGAGAUGUCACCCUCCUAGGGAGCUGGAUCCAAGGAGGAAAAGGAAAGCUUUCAAAACAGCUUCUGUAAGACAUUAAACCAGCUUAGUAUCAAAUCAGACUGAAAACAAACAUUUUAAUUCUGUGACAUCAAAGCACUGAGAGAGAACAUGUUAAAGCAGAAAAUUCCUGAAUUAAAAGCUUGAGGUUUUAGUCUUUACACAUUUGGCAAAUAACCAGUUACAUGAAUAAUGCCAAACCCAUAUAUUCUGCAGAACAUCCCAGGAAAUGUUUCUUUUAGUCAGAACCCUGCUCUGAGCCAGUGUUGUCAACUCCCUCAGUGCAAAAUCCCAUUCUGUGCACAUAACCCUGCACAAUUUCAGCUGAUAACCAUUAUUUUCUCCUCCAAAAUGUGGCAGGGGCCAUGUGUGGGCUGCUGCAUGGCUGCUGCUUCUCUCCCAAAGUGACCUUCAAGCAAAGGAUGCUGCCUGCUCCUGUACACUGUAGUAUUCAUGGUCUGAAAUUAGAGACACUAUGUGAGCAAAGCUCCUGAAAAUAUCAGUGGAAGUUUUGCUGGCCCGAGGACUUGGGAAUGGCCUACAUUUGUUUAUAAAGCUUUCCAGUCCAUUGGGAUACAGGGAACUACUGUGUGCAAGCUUAAAGUUAUGACCGUGAGGCAAUACCACCAUGAGAUAAAUCAUAAUAUAACUGCACUUAAAAGUAUGUUUAACACAAAUUAGUUAUAUCAAACUAGAAGUUAUAGACUGCUGAAGCUGACUAAGGGAUCUGAAUGCCCAGAUGCUUUUAAUUUGAGUGGGAAUGAGGGAUUUGAAUUCCUUAAAUAGUGUUGAAUGUUUCAUCACUAACAUAUAACACAAAAAAAUUAAAGCAACUGGCUUUUCAAGCCUACAAACCUGGCCAAAAGAUUCUGGCAAUAUUUUUAGGCACAUCUCUCUAAGCAUACAGACAUUAAAAUUAGAGAUUCAGAAAAUCCUGAAAGUAUUCCAAGUCUUGAUUAAUAUUUUCAGAAAAAUAUCCAACAAUUCCAACAUGUUUUUCAAUAGAUCACUUUGAUCCAUUUAAUAAAAAUGUAAUUGGGCUAUAAAAGUCUGCUAAAAGAAAAAUAGCUUUAGCACCAAAUCCUAUGUCCUGCAACUCAGAACAGAAACAACUGAUCACCCAAGACCUGUUCUUUCACCCCAAUCUCAACUGCAAUACUUCCAUUUUUUGAACCUUUUUAAGGAAGUGCAGAAUUUGACUUCAAAUAGAACAGAUUUUCCUGGGCAACACUGUGAAAUUAUUUCCCAAGAGACCUGAAAUGUUAGUGGUGAUGGAGAACCAGAGGGAAGCUAGUUACAUGAACACAUCCUUCUACCACUUUAAAUUAUGUUAAUAACUAAUCUACAAGCCAAUAUUAUUCCUUUAUAAAUAUCUGCAUACCUGUUGAAAGAUACUAAGAGAGCAUCCCCUUGGGUUAAAUACUCUCCAGCAUGGUCACUCCCUUAGCAGCAGUCUAUUUUUGGGGACACUUUUCUCCUGCCUUUCCUCUCCUGAGCAGGGGUCAGACACAGAAACAGCUCCACUGAAGUCAAAGCAGGUACUACCCACCUCCACACUGGAUAUUGGGAGGUGUUUCAGACACCUGAGGUGAGAGAUUUCCCUUCAUGUGUUUAUUGUAAUCAGGGAAGAACAAAGAGGGAUGAGAAGGCAGGGAAGCAAAAUAAUGAUUAGUGUAAUGGGAUUUGCUAUUCUUGUUAAUAGUUUAAUCAAUAUAAACAUAUACAGAACCCUCUGA